UUUCCUUAUAAAUAUUGUGUCUCAUAUCCAGUAUCUCAAACUUGUCUCGGAGGGAGCGAAUUCAAGCUUAUCAACAAUGAAGAUCCCAUUUGCACUUGUUCUCACAAUUGGUUUGGUCAUGAUCAUCUCCAAAACAAGUGUUGAUUGUAGAAGGAUUGAGGAGAAUCCCUUGGAUUUCUCUCUUCAAGGAGUUAAGGGAAAGGACUACAUGCUCGAUCAUAAUAAAGUUGUCUUUGGCUCCACUAUUGGUGGAAGAAACAAUGAGAAGAUCAAGAAGAACAUUAAAAGUAUGGGAGAGAAGAAGGGAAAAGCUACUGUAGAUCCAUCAUUUGGCUAUCCCUUUGGAGUUCCAAAGAAUGCCAAUGAUAAUAAUAGAAAUAGCAAUGCCAAGAACAACAAGUAUGAUGGUGAUCCUUUUGCACACACUCUGGGUAUGUCAGCAGAUUCACACCACCAGAUAUCGAUCGAUGAAUAUCGAAGGAUGUUUGGUGAUCUUCCUAAGCACCCAUGAAGCCCUGUUGCCCUUAACUGUUAUGUGCUACUGCACUAUAGGAUAUGUCAAAUUUGCUCGGUGUAAAGAGCAAAUGCUUUAAAAGUAACUUGUGUCAUGGAUAGCUCCACAACAUGUAAUGGAUGUCUGGAUCUUUAGAUUAAUGUCCUACACUGCUAAAUAUAAUAAGAUGUAAUGACUGGCUUGACUUAUUAUAUUUUCUAUGCACUCAA